AUUUUUCUUUCUGAGUCAGAUGUGAUUUCUUUCGACCAUUUAAUUUUGUACAGACGACUCAAGAAGUACAACAAUCAAAUGUACUGUCCCUUAUUUUUAGGUUCUUGUCUGAAAGAUCUGUAUGUAACCACGAUUACAUCACUGACCAACCUUUUGCCGCAAUCAGAAGACAAUACAUGGCUAAAGGCAAACGUGUUCCUCAUCGUCACGAGCUUGUCGACCAUUGUCAUCUUUCUCCUUUCAGUUGGAGGAAAAAUUAUACAUUACAAAAACUCGAAAAGAAAGUCACAUGAAAAUCCUGUGACAUACCAAGAGAUGGGUACAAUACGCGCACACAACGACUAUAGUCAAACCCCAGCAGCCAGUCAUCUCGAACUUCAUCCUUCUCCAAUACCGUUUGACGAUGUCGUCGGAGAUGACUGGUACGCCAAAGCUUCGAAGACGACGGCCUAAACCAUGGUCCUCGACCUUCUGAUCCUUUGGGUCUGUAGGACAACAUUUGCCAGGCACCUGCUGCUGCUUCGCAAUCUGUCUAUUCGGGUUAUAGGGGAGAUGAGUAAACAAAUAUUGUUCAUAGAAUUAAGUCGGAGCUCGAAACAUUUACAAACCUCUCAUUUAGCAAUCUUACUGUGUUUUCUUCUUUACACAUGAUCUGACUUCCAAGGUAAAGCAUUGUCAUAAUGUAUCAUAUUAAAAUAUUAAAACAUGUAACACAUACUUUCAAUAGAAAAAUACCUGCGUUCUUUUAUGAAACUGAAAAUCUCUCAAAUGCAGUUUUAAACAAGCCAUAUAACUAAGAGUAUACUAAUGCAGUAUUAGGUGUACACUGAAAUGUUUUUCCUGUUCUUUC